UGCCUGCCUCCGCCCUGCUUCCCAUUUCCACCCAACGAAAGCCAAAAGCCUCGCUGCCCCCACGCCGGCCCGCCCCGCCUCGGCCGCGGAGGCGACCCCUGCCGUUCCCCGCGGCGGCCGUGCCGCGGGCUCUGAUCGCCCGCCGCCUCCGCCCCGUGCCUGCCCGGCGCUCGGGCGCCGCCGCCGCUCCCGCGGACGGCCCGGACCGCACCCCCUCGGCGACUUCUGAUCCAGCUGCGUCGCGCGACAGCCGUCGGGCGAGUCCGAUCCCCGCGGCCGGCGCGGAACGAGACGUUUCCGCUCCCCGAGGGGAUUUGGGGAUUUUGAGGCUGAUACGACGGGAUCCUGGUGAUAAUGAGGGGCUACGAGUAUGACACCAAUGGUUACCAUCGAGCAAUGGAGGAUGAGUACGGAGAUGAGUAUUAUGAUCAAGAUGAGUAUGAGGAGGAUGGUUCAGGUGCCGGGGAUGAGUAUGUUGAGGAGGAAGAACCUCUAGAGGGACAGAAGGAGAUCCUUGAAUUGAGAGAACGGCUAAAGGAGCAGAUUAGGAGAAAGGCAAAGGCUGCUGCAGCCAGCGCAGCUGGCCGCUCGUCUUCUUCCCAUGAUAGAAUUCUACCAACCAGGGAGAACAAAUUUGGCUCCUUCUUCGGACCAUCCAAGCCGGUGAUUUCUCGACGAGUGAUUGAAGAAAGAAAAUCAUUGAAAGAACUGCAUAGCACAAUCUCAAGAGAUCCGAGGCCUUCUGGAGUACAUAGGGACAUGCCAUCAUCCUCCAAAGUCCAAAAUAAAGGAAAUGGACAUCAGCAUAAACCCAAGAUGGUUAAUGAGGUAAAGAAGAAGGCUGAGGCACUUAAGGAUAACCGGGAUUAUUCAUUUCUACUCUCAGAUGAUGCUGACCUUUCGUCCUCUCCAAAGGAGAAACCUGCAAAUAGAUCUUCCUUGACUCAAAAGGCUGAUCGUGUGGUGAUGCACUCAGCAGCAAAGAGCAAGGCACCAACAAGUCAACCUGCACGAUUGUCAAAUGGAUAUGGAUCUAAGAACACAUUGUCAACCCAAAGACAUGCUGAAGGUAGGGUAGAUUCAAUGAGAAAGGAGGUUUUCUCAAAUAGAGAAAGGUCUGUUUCACGUGACAAUGAGAGGAUGAAUAGUAUUGUUAGAAAUGGAUCCAACCAGGCAAAUACUAGCAAAAUUACAAGCCAAAAGCUUCCAACCAAGGGCCCUACUCCUAAUAGGCAUCCUUCAAGGGAUUUGAAUGAUCCAGCUCUGAGGAAGGGCAAUGUAGUGUCGAGGCACGAGAUUGACAGACCAAAAUCCUCGCAAAGUCAGAGGAUGCAGUCAGCUGUUCAGAGACCCCAGCUUUCUUCCCAUGGUCAGAGGCCACAUCAAUCGAUGCAGCAGAGGCCGCAGCAGUCAUUGCAGAAUCGAAGGCUGCAGCAGGUGUCACAGGGUCAGAGGCCACAACAGUCAUUGCAGAGUCAAAGGACGCAACAGUCCUUGCAGAGUCAAAGACCACAGCAGUCUUCACAUGUUCAGAAAUUGCAAUCUUCGCAAACUCACAGACCACAGUCGCAAAGUAACAGGUCUCAGUCGUUGCAAGGGCAAAGGCCUCUUUCUUCGCAGUGUCAAUACUCGGAGCAAAGAAGACUUCAGGCAAGUGAUAGAGUAAAACAAGUAGAAAGGCAGAUUAGACCUCCUUCGAAAGCCAUGCCAUCUCGGCCUAUCUCUUCCAAUGGAAUUCGUGAUGAUCAUGCUAAGAGAAAACAAGUGGCGAAAAGAAGAUUUGAUGAAGAUGAAGAUGAGGAAGACCCCCUUGCAAUGAUCAGAAAUAUGUUCGGGUAUGAUCCUAGAAGAUAUGCGGGCAGAGAUGAGGAUGAUAGUGACAUGGAAGCAGAUUUUGCUACUAUAGAGAGGGAAGAGAAAAGAAGUGCGAGGAUUGCUAGGCAGGAGGAUGAGGAGCAACUCCGCCUAAUUGAGGAAGAAGAGAGACGUGAACAGGAGAGGAAGAGGCGGAAGAUGGCACGGGGCCGAUAGUAACUGAGGAUAGCUCCAAUACACAGUUAUCUUGGAUGUUAUUCAGCGGCCAUAUUGCUCGAAGAUAAGGCGUGGUCGAUCAGACUGCCAAUUGGCUGGCAAUACUGAUGCACUGGUGCAUUGCGAACAACCUCAAGCAUUGCCGUAAGGAUUGACAGGAGAGAAAUCAAGAAAGCCGGCAGGUGAGCAAUGCAGCAGGGUGUCUUGGCAAAAUGUUAGUCGUAGUGGUUCUCAGUCCCUGAACUUGACCGGGACCCUAUCUAAACUCUCGUUGGGGUGCUUGGAUAUGAAAAAGGUUGCCAAUGGCGCAGCGCCCCCAUCGGAUUGUUGGACUGUACAUGAUUUCUUCUCACUACACUGAUUUGUUCUGUUAGCCUCCUAAGGAUACCAAAUCCACAUUGUUGAAUUUGUUUGGGUGUAGCAGCUGUGUAAUAAACGAUAUGUUCCAAUUUUCAGA